UCCUACAUUAAUAACUUGGUCUUAGAGGAUCUAAUAUUAAGAACUUUGAAGCCAGUAGCAUGUCUGUAAUUUUUAUGCUCAUGCCCAGAAACAAACCCCUAGAUUUACUGUUGCUGUGGCUAAUACAUCAGUAUUUCAAAAGGCAUUUUCCUUUGGCUACACCUGAGAAAAGUAAAGAGCCUGGUGAGAAAGUGUCUGGGCUGGAAAUAAUGGGUUUUCAAAAGAUAGUAAAGCACUUGCCAACAGCAAAGGCUGGCUGCAGACACCGGUGGGUGAACACAGCACCUGCCCAUCUUUUGCAGUUGCAGAUUUAUGAGAACUGAAAAUGGUUCUUUUAGGAGAUUUUUUGUUGUGUUUUGUUUUAGUCUUUUUUGGGUUUUUUUUCCCAUCUCUUAUCAAAGUGUUUAGCUGAAAGGGAUGUUGUCCCCAGGAUGACAGCUGUGUACCUGUGGGAGGGUGGAGCAGGCACCAAAACCAUUCUUUGAUGGGGUCUAUCACUACCAAGACAUUUCACAUCAACUGCUUCUCUACAUCCCAUGGAUGUGGGGCAGGUGUUAUUUACCUCUCUGAGUGGGGGCAUAUUUGGAGAACUAAGUCAGGGUGUGCACAUACAUGGGGCUCUAUUUUCUCUUGAGACUAUAUGGAAGACAAGCUGACUUGAGUCCCUCAACACAUUGCCUUUGUCCUCACCUUGGUUUCUCUUUCCUUUCUUCAUCAGGAAAAUGGGAGCCACUCACCCAGUGUGAGCUCUAAGGCACAGCAAAAUAAAGGUGACCAGUCCCACUGCCUCAGGCAUCUCCCAGUAUGGAUGGCUUAGUUGAGCAGAACAGUGUGCUUAUGCACAGUAAGAUCACUGAGGCUGGGAAAAGGAACGGUUUAAUUAACACAAGGAACUUAGUGGCUGAGAGCCGAGAUGGUCUCGUCUCUGUGUACCCCACCCCUCAUUACCAGAGCCACAGAGUGGGCAGCCUGUCCUCUCCGAGAUGCCUGGAGAAUGGUAGGAAUGACCCCGUGCAGCAGCUCCUGGACCCCAGCAUGCUGCAGCAGACAGUGGAGUCUCACUACAGGCCCAACAUCAUCCUCUACUCUGAGAAUGUGCUGUGCUCGUGGGGUGAGAGCCUGGGAUCGGAGUGCUGUGAGACAACCUUCAUCGAGGAGCGCUCGCCCACCAAAGACAGCCUGGAGUACCGCGAUAGCAAAUUCAUAGACCUGUCAGCGGAUGACAUCAAGAUCCACACCCUCUCCUAUGAGGUGGAGGAAGAGGAGGAUUUCCAGGAACUAGAGAGUGAUUACUCGAGUGACACCGAGAGCGAAGACAACUUCCUGAUGAUGCCACCAAGGGAUCAUCUUGGCCUCACUGUGUUCUCCAUGCUCUGCUGCUUCUGGCCACUGGGAAUUGCUGCCUUUUACCUGUCCCAUGAGACAAACAAAGCAGUAGCCAAGGGGGAUUUUCACCACGCAAGCUCCAGCUCCCGGCGAGCUCUCUUCCUGGCUGUCCUGUCCAUCACAAUCGGAACUGGCAUCUAUGUUGGGGUAGCUGUGGCUCUCAUUGCCUACCUGUCAAAAAACAACCAUCUAUGAGCCUCAGAAAAGAGGAAAGAACCAUCCAACAUGGCUCCUGCAUUGCAGAAGUCCCCAGCACAUCAGACUGUGUGGUUUUCCAAAAAGUGGCAAACACUUUCUGGGGGCAGAUACAGAAUGAGAUGGGCUUGUGCAUUGUUGUAGGGUGGGAAGCUGGAGGGGCUGGGGGAAGUUCCACAAUUUCUGAUGCACAAGUCUUGCUUAUCUUCAUAAAUCCCUGUACAAAAAAGGGAAAGAAAGAGUAAAACAGAGACAAAGAAUGAAAAAAAAAAAAAAAAGAAAAAAAUAAAAGGAAGGAAGACGGGAUGUGUGGAGAAGAGUGUUUUGUAUUUGCCUUCUUUUCAAUAUGGUGUUUACAAGCAUCUGGCAAACUGAGCUGUUCUCUUAAUACCUUCUUGAUCACCUGAACUCUGCAGUGAGCAUGAGCUUGAACUUAAUUUGCUUGUUAAGCACGGCACUGAGAUCUGGGGAAGCAUGGACAGCAGCAGCAACUGGUUCUCUAAAAGAGCAAUAUAAAAACAAGAGGAAGAACAUGGCUUGUUUUGUCUUUUGAACAUAGGACUCCUUUGCCUAAGAGUGAAUCAGACACCUCAGCAUAGAGUGGUAUUGCCUACUCAUCUUGUUGGGGGAGGUUUCCAUGGAAGAAGAAAAGUAAAUUAAAAACAUUUUUACUUCCUUUCCUUGUUUUUGGAUUAAGAUGUGCUGCAAAAGGCCUACUCAGUGAAGAACAGCUGAGGUUACAGCUGCAUGACGCGGUUUUGCAGACAGAAUGCAAUUUCAAAGUAACAUAAGACCCACUGUAAAAUUAAUUCCUCUAUCCAGUCACACUGUGAUAAUGGCACUUGACUGUGGCAUUAUUGCUCAUCUGGGCUGCUCCACCUUGCUGUGGAGACCUGCACAGCAGUCAGUGCAAGAAACCUGGGGAAAACUCAAACUGAAAUACUAGUAAGUUUUUAAUUUAAAAAAUCAUGGUAAAGCAUGGGAAUUAACCAGAGAAAGGAAUGCUUCAGACAUUUCUGGGGUCCUGCUCAUACACAGACCAGUGAAUAUCACUCAGAUCAGAAGCUCCUAGCUCAGCUGUGAUGCGGGUCGUGGGAUGUGGCAUAGCCGUGGAGAGACAAGUCUGUUCCCCAAUAAGCAGAGCAGUGGUAAAUUGUAGGGAAAUUAAGCCUUGUCCUUACUUCACUGACUGAUACAUUUAUUUUCUUCUUUACUUGCUCCCCACACUCAACUGUUUUUUUGUCUUACAGAUUUCUUGCACUCAACUAUUUUUUGUCUUACCAUUUCAUCCCACCCCACGUGUAUCAGCAUAGACAUAUACAUGUAGCUACAUAUACAUACACACAGAAAGGGGAAAAGCAAACAAAUCAAUGACCGUUUUAUUAUUUGACUGCCUCAUGUUUUACAAACACAGUUUCUUUAAACAAGGAUGUAAUCAAAAACCUUUUCCUCCAACUCUGUAUUGUGUGUCAUCUUUGCUCUUGGACAGUCUUUUUCUCUUGUUUUAGGUUUCCAUUAUUUUGGUUUGAAUUUGACUUCUUUUGUUUUAGGGGGAAGAG